AUGAAAUCUAGUAUUAAAGCUAUUCAAAAUCAUAUGAUCAGGAAUGGAAAUUUAACAUUAGAUAAACAGCAUCAGUACUGCCCCAGAUCACCUGAUACCUGGUGUAAAUAUUGGAAAGACAAAGCUGAUGAAACGCAUCUUUACAAUGAAAAUAAUCCAUUGCCUGAAGUUUCUAUGGAAGAACUUGAUUCCAUAUUUACCAGACUGUCCAAAGAUGAACGUCUUAGUAGGUGUUUAAAUGGGAUGACACAGAAGCAAAAUGAGGCAGCAAAUGGAAUACUGUGGUCAAAGUGCCCCAAAACUAAGUUUUGUGGUGCAAGGCUUGUGCGUAUUGCGGUGUGUGAAACCAUAGCAAUGUUCAACACUAGUGCUUCUAGUAAAGCUGCUAUUAUGGAGUUACGUGGUGUUACCGCUGGGGCCCACACAAUGAAAGCCUUUAGGAAACAAGAUGACUCAAGAUUAAAGAAUGCGGCUAGACAAGUUAGUGCCAAAUAUAUAGAGAGAAGACAAAAACUCCGUUCACAGAGAAAAGCAAAAGGGGGGACAGGAACGCCUACCAACCAGGUGGGUUUGAUGUGCAGGCAAAGCCUGUUGAUGCAAAGAAGAGAAAGAGAGCACCAAAGAAGAAAAAGACAAUUUAGAACCAAAAAUAACAUUUGUUAUGCCAACCGUUGA